GUCACACUGGUCGAUUAGCUUUGUUGCUGAUAAAUUGUUUAUUGCAAAAAUCCGCAAACGGAAGAUAGUACAAGAUAUAGCCAAUUGUACAAGCAUCCGAAAUGUGUUAGACACUUCAGGCUGACUCUCUGCACGACUGGGAAUCGCUAGAAACGAUGGUGCCGCCAAAGGAAAACGUCGACCUGGAGUGCUUCCUGGUAACGAAGCACUCGUGGAAGGGCAAGUACAAGCGCAUUCUCUCGAUCGGCACGGCCGGCAUCUCCACCUACAAUCCGGACAGGUUUGACCUGACCAACCGAUGGUCCUACUCGGACAUUGUGGCGGCGGCGCCCUCCAAGGCGUCAAACAUACCCAAUGAGUUUGUGCUGACCAUAAAGAAAGAUAAGAAACUGGAUACAAUCAAAUUGUCUUCGGAAUACCGCAACGACAUACUCACAUCGAUAUUGAAAUAUUACAAGGAGUUUGCCGACAAGCCCAAAAAUUCUCAGCGCUUCAAUGCCUACAAGUACCACUGGUCCAGCGUCAGCUUGCCCACUGUGCUGGAGGUUACGCCCUGCUCGCUGGACCAGCUGGAUCCCACCACCAACGAUGUGCUGGCCAGCUACAUGUACAAGGACAUCGAGGGAAUAAUAGCAGGCAUCUCGGACUAUGAGGGCGGAAUUGUGAUGGCCUACGGCGGCUUCAGUCGCCUGCAUCUCUUCAGGGCGCUGAACCACCACGAGAUAGUGCAGAACAUUGCACAGCGAUCGGUGCAGUUUUUGGGCAUUGAGACUAAAAUACUCAAGAGUCAGAUUACGCUGGAGCAGUUCGAGAGGCAGCGGUUUGGCAAGUUCAGCGGUGACCAGUUUCAGACCUCCACGACCGAGUUUACAGUGCAAAAGAUCACGUCCCGCCACCCGGAGCCUGUCAAGCGCAUCCUCUGCCUCACCGAGGUCACGCUUCUGGAGCGCGAUCCUCAAACGUACAGCGUCUGCACCCUGCGUCCGCUGGCCGAUGUGUUCGCCCUGGUUCGUGACAAGGACAACCUGCAGCGCUUCAGCAUCGAGUACAAAAACGGCAUCGUGCGCAGUUACAGCACCAACGAUCGUGACUCCCUGCUGGCCACUGUCCUAGACGCCGUGCGCUCCAGCGGCAAUCAGGAUGUGCACAUACGCAUUGGCAACACACCGCGUGGCAAGCGAUAUGUGCCGCUGAGCAGUUCCGUGGACGAGGAGACGGAGGCGAACCUGAUGCGGCUGGUCAUCAACAAUUUCCAGAAUCCCUCCAAGCGCUAUGAGAUCCUGGAGCGUUUUAAUGCCAAUGUGCCGCACAGUGGCCUCAACUACAGUGUAACGCAGGAUAGCUUAUUCGCCGAAAACAAGGAGAAGCUCAUCCUGAGCGCCCUGCAGGCGUUGGCGCAAAAGGAGCUGGACAGUCCAACGGCCCAGCUGAGCAACAUGGAACUGGAGGCCAUAUUCCAUGCACUGACCCGUCUCCUGGCCAGCAAAGUGGGCUACGCGGCCUUUACCAAUCUCCCGGGAUUUCGUGAGAUCAUCGGUACCAAGGUGGUGGCCGCUUUGAGGCGCAAGGACUUGGCUGUGACGUACUCUGCCAUUGACAUGAUCAACUCCCUGAUGCAUUCGGUGAAUGCUGACCACGACCUGAAGCAGGAGCAGUUGAAUAAGUCGUCCAUUCUGUCAUCGAAAUCGUUUCUGGAAACCUUGCUGAAUAUGUGGACAAACCAUGUGAGCCAUGGCAGCGGAGCUCUGGUACUGUCCGCCAUGCUGGACUUCAUGACCUUUGCCUUGUGCGUGCCUUACAGCGAAACCACCGACGGCAAGCAGUUCGAUAUUCUGCUGGAAUUGGUCGCCGAUCGCGGUCGCUAUCUGUACAAGCUCUUCCAGCAUCCGUCGCUGGCGAUUGUCAAGGGCGCCGGACUGGUCUUGAGAGCCAUCAUCGAGGAGGGAGAGCUGCAUGUGGCGCAACAGAUGCAAGCACUGGCCUUGGAUGAGGCUGCUCUGUGCCGCCACUUGUUGGUGGCCCUGUACACCCCGUCCAACGAUCCCACCCAGACCACACAUCGCCAGCUGUCGCGACACCUGAUCGGACUGUGGCUCACGGACAGCGACGAGGCCAUGGAGCUGUUCAAGCGCAUCUUCCCCGCCGGUCUGCUGACCUUCCUGGAGUCGGAGGAGGACGUGCCGGAGUCUGAUGUCGAGGAGGACAAGCUCAAUUUCCGUGACAAUCUCAAGUUUGCAAUCCAACAUUCCAACAAGACUCGCAAAAAUGUGAUAGAAAAGCAUUUGCAAGGCAUCAAGCACUGGGGCAUGAACCUCAUCGAGCAGCAGGACGGAGCGGCUCAGGCCUUGAAGAAUCGCCCGGUGGUGCUGCGCAAUCGGCGGCAGAAGAAAAAGACCUCGGAUGCCGUGGUGAAUCUGCCGUAUUUCUUUUACAGCUUUGCCAAAGAUCACAGUCUGCCAAAUCUCAUCUGGAAUCAUAAGACCCGCGAGGAGCUGCGCAUGUGCCUGGAGAACGAGCUGCGGCAGUUCCUCAGCGAUCGCGACCUGGCCGGCCAGAUGAUUGUGGCCUGGAACUAUCAGGAGUUCGAGGUGGCCUACCAGUGUCUGGCCGAUGAAAUCAAGAUUGGCGACUACUAUAUACGUCUGAUACUGGAGAAGGAUGACUGGCCACAGAAUCUGGUGAAGGAUCCGAUUGAACUAUUCAAUGCCUUGUACCGACGAGUUCUGUGCCGGCAACGUGUCAAUGACGACCAGAUGACCGUUUUCUCCCUGCAGGCCUUGGCCAAGGUGUACAGGCGUUACCACAAGGAGAUUGGCAAGUUCAACGACAUGUCGUAUAUCCUGCAGCUCAGCGAUCGGUGCCUCUCUCCCUCCAUGCGUGAUGCCCUCAUCAACCUCAUUUCGUGCCUGGUGCUGGAGAAGUCCAACUGUCGGGCCCUCGUCGAUCAUGUCCAGUGCCUGGUGGACCUGAUCACCUUGGCCCAUUUGCACAAGGGUCGUGCUCAGCUCAAUACCAAGACAAACGUGAUCGAGGCGGGUCCGAAUAUGGCUGCGUACGAGGAGAAGGACUGGUACUACAACAUCGAAAAGGAUGGCCAGAAGCCGGAACGCCAGGGACCCAUUACCUACUCGGAGCUCAAGGAACUCUGGCAGAAGGGACUGAUCACGCCGAAGACCCGUUGCUGGGCCAUUGGCAUGGAUGGCUGGCGGUCUUUGCAGCAAAUUCCGCAGCUCAAAUGGUGCCUUAUCGCCAAGGGCACGCCUCUCUACGACGAGACGGAGCUGUCGUCCAAGAUUCUGGACAUUCUGAUCAAGUGCACUAGCUUUUUUCCGAGUCGGACUCAAAACGGAGUGGCGGUCCUUAUCCCGGGUCCGAAACUGUCGCGAAAGCUUUCCGAGUUCAUCUGCUUGCCGCACGUAGUCCAAGUCUGCCUCACCCACGACCCGGGAUUGCUAGAGCGCGUUGCCACGCUGCUCUACCAGAUUAUGGAGGAUAACCCGGAGAUGUCCAAGGUGUAUCUCACCGGCGUCUUCUACUUCAUGCUCAUGUACACGGGCAGCAACAUCCUGCCCAUCACCAGGUUCCUCAAGAUGACGCACAUGAAGCAGGGCUUCCGCAGUGAAGAGACCUCGCAAUCCGGCAUCAUGCACCGCAGUAUCCUGGGCCAGCUGCUGCCCGAGGCCAUGGUCUGCUUUCUGGAGAACUACAGCGCCGAGAAGUUUGCGGAGAUCUUCCUCGGCGAGUUUGACACCCCGGAGGUGAUCUGGAGCUCGGAAAUGCGGCGCCUGCUGAUCGAGAAGAUCGCUGCGCACAUUGCGGAUUUCACUCCGCGACUCCGGGGACAUACAAUGGCCCGGUAUCCGUACCUGGCCAUUCCGGUGAUCAGCUAUCCGCAGCUUGAGAACGAGCUGUUCUGCCACAUCUACUACCUGCGCCACUUGUGCGACACGCGCAAGUUCCCCAACUGGCCCAUCUCGGAUCCGGUGCAGCUGCUAAAGCACACUCUGGACGCCUGGCGCAAGGAGGUGGAGAAGAAGCCCCCGCAGAUGACCAUCCAGCAGGCGUACCAGGAUCUGGGCAUUGACCUCACCAAGACGCCCAAGCCGGACGAGUCCAUGAUCCGCAAGAGCUACUACAAGCUGGCCCAGAUGUAUCAUCCCGACAAAAAUCCCAAUGGCCGCGAGAUAUUCGAGAAGGUGAACCAGGCCUACGAGUUCCUGUGCUCGCGCAACGUAUGGAGCCCGGGCGGGCCGGAUCCUAACAACAUAGUGCUCAUACUCCGCACCCAGAGCAUUCUUUUCGAGCGCUAUCCGGAUGUCCUGCGGCCGUACAAGUACGCCGGCUACCCGCAGCUCAUCAAGACCAUUCGCCUGGAGACCCGCGACGACGAGCUCUUCUCCAAGGAGGCCCAACUGCUGACGGCUGCCUCCGAGCUGUGCUACCACACGGUGCACUGCUCGGCCCUGAAUGCGGAGGAGCUGCGCCGCGAGGAGGGUAUCGAGGCGCUUCUGGAGGCCUACACGCGCUGCGUAUCCAUUCUCGGGGUGGACUCCAAGCCGGACUCGCUGCACUAUCAGGUCAUAUCGAACGUGACGCGCUGCUUCGAGGUGGCCUGCAACUUUGAGAAGUGCAAGCAGAAGAUCAUCCAGCUGCCGCAGCUGUUGUCGGACGUGUGCCGGGUGGUGUACUUCAAGCACACGCUCUCGGUGAGCCUUGUGACCAGCCUGGCGGCCAACAACUACGACCUGCAGUGCAAUCUGUCGCGGAACGGCGUUCUCUGGUCGCUGCUGCUCUUCAUCUUCGAGUACGACUACACGCUGGACGAGAGCGGGGUGGAGGUCAGCGACAAGUCCAAUCAGCAGCAGCUGGCCAACAACCUGGCCAAGAUGGCUGUUCUCGGUUGCAUCUCCCUGGCGGGCUACGGCAUGGAACUCCGCCAGAAACCCAUCACGGGCAGCGAGGCCAACUCGCCGGCUGCAAAGCCGCCGCCACCCAUCAAGCCCAAGCCUGCGAUGCCUGCCGGCUCCAACUCAGCGUACACACAGAACGCCCACAAUCCGCUGCAGAGCAAGCAGCUGGCCAUCACCAGUGGCAAGGAGAAGGAGCCGGACACCUCGUCCGGCAGCAGCGACACCUCCAGUUCCACGCCCACCGACAGCGACCAGCAGCCGGCGCGAAGCAGUCCCAGCAGUGCCAUUCAGCAGAAGUACAUUGUGACGGGAGAGGCGAAGAAUACGCUGAUCAAGCAGGUGCUUGACCGCCUGCUCACCCGCUACAUAGCCAACCAGUUGGCCACAGGUCGCGACAGCGAUGUGCUCAAGCUGCUUACGGCAAACACGCGCAAUCCCUACCUCAUCUGGGACAAUGGAACCCGAGCCCAGCUAAAGGACUUUCUCGAACAGCAGCGCACGGCCUCCGCCAAGGAGACGCAUGAGGACAUUGCCCAGGUCUAUGAGCUGGUCUCCAGCUUUGAGUUCAAUGCCCACAAAGACGAGUUGCAGAUUGGCGGGAUCUUCAUACGCAUCUACAACGACAUGCCCACCUAUGCGAUAGCUCAGCCCAAGCUCUUCAUCAUGGACCUGCUGGAGUACUUAAAGCACGCCUAUCAGUUUUUGCAGUUCAAGAGGAAUCCUGCUGCAGUUGCACCCAAAAUGGGCAGCGACGGCAUACUGACUCCCACUCUGGCUCCCAAUCAUCCUCAACUUCAGGCGGCGACGGGUAGCAAGCCUGGCACCACCUUUGACGAAGUGCUCAAUGCGUACAAUCGUUCCAAGAGCCGGAAGAAGCUAGAGACGGACGCCCAGGCGGAGCAGCACCUGGCCCUGCAGCAAAGUAAAUACGACUUUGCCGGCGACGGGCAGCUGGAACUGCACAUUACCAUGGUGCUGAGGGCCCUGAUCGCAGUGAUAAAGGCGAAUGCCGAGGUGGAGAUCCAAUGCAUAGGCAACUUUGACAUGAUCUUCGGCUUCCUGGCCAACAACAUAUUCCCAGACAACUCCACCGUCAAGGCGGUGGCCUUGGAAGUGGUGGCCCUGGUCUCACGCAACAAGGAGUGCGUGUCGGAGGUGGCCGCCUGCGAGAUUCUGGGCAACUAUCUGGUGGCCCUCAAGGACCCCGAGCUGCGAGCCAGCCAGGUGAAGGUGCUGGAAACGCUGUCAGGUCUAAUGAACGUGCAGGAGAUGAUCAAGGAGGCGCAGGCCAAGGGUGCAGCCAUUUAUCUGCUCGACAUGUUCUGCAACUCGCGGAAUCCGCAGAUCCGCGAGAUGUGUGCCGAGAUUCUGGCCAAGAUGACUGCGGACCGACUGAGCGGGCCCAAGGUGCGCAUUACAGUAUCGAAAUUCCUGCCCGCCCUGUUCAUCGAUGCCAUGGUGGAGUCGCCGGCCACAUCCGUGCAGCUCUUCGAGUCGAUCCACGAGCAUCCGGAGCUAAUAUGGAACGACAAUACACGGGCAACUGUAUGUGAUGCUGUGGCCGAGUCCUGUGAAAGAUUCUAUCAGCUGCAAAAGGCGAAUCCCCGCCAUGUGUGGAAGGAUCCGGAAAUACUUAAGGAUAUUGUUUCAAACGAGAUUGUCGUGGCCGGCGUCUACCUCCGUCUCUUUGUCAGCAAUCCCGCCUGGACGCUGCGCAAGCCCAAGCAGUUCCUCUCCGAUCUCCUGGACUUUGUCGUCGACCAGAUAAGCAAGAGCUCCUCGGAGCAGGAUGUCCUGGAUCUGUCCACCACGGCGCUGGUGGAGCUGCUGCGUUCGCAGCCGAACCUAUCGGACGAUAUUCCGGUGCUGGGGCACAUACCGAAGCUGUUCAAUCUGCUGUCGGUGCAGCCAAAGAACACGCUGUCAGUAUUACAUCAGCUAUCGCUAUCUGAGUUCUGUGUGAGUGCCGUUUCGCAGACAGAGUGCGUGGCGCCGCUGAAGAAGUGCAUGGAGCACAAUCGGGACUGCAUUGAGAAGGCCUGCGAGACACUGAGUCGCCUCUUCAAGCACCAACAUGAUUCGCUGAUUAGCCAAUCCCUGGAGGUGGGUCUCAUACCCUUUAUGCUGGGACUGCUGGACAGCCGCCUGGAGUUCGUGGACAAUGCUUCGGCGGUGAAGGCGCAAAUCGUGGCGGCGCUCAAGGGCAUGACGCACAACCUCAACUACGGCGAACGGGUCACGCAAAUCCUGCUCAAGCAUCCCGUGUGGGCCGAGUUCAAGGAUCAGCGCCACGAUCUAUUUAUUGCCGACACCAACAUUCGUGGCUAUCUGACGGGCGUCAAUCCCACGGCCGGCUACCUCACAGCGGGUCCUGCGCAAAGCGUGGAAGUGCUCACCUCGCCGCCGCCCAUCGAUCGCGACGAUCCUUCGGCCCGUCCGCCAACCCUCGACUAGCGAAUUAUUCCCUGCCGGACCAAAGCUAAAGCUGGGGCUGGCCUCUAAAGCCUUCGAUUGCCACACGGACACGGACUUUGCACGGGUUUCACCCAAUUAUUGUAUUAAACUUUUGCAUAUUUUUUACACUCGCAGCCAACUGUACGUAGCGUGGAAGUGGCAAACGGAGCCGGAACAUAUUAUUACUGUAUCAAAGUUUCAUUUUUUAUAUUUAUAAAAGCAAAAAAGAAAUCUGUAUAAAUAAUUAGCAAAUAGUUUAUACACCAACAUAAACAACCUAACUAAAGCAUGCAUAAAGUGAUUAUACAUAUUAUGGAAUAAAGCCGAUUCAUUACAAAUGAAAA